AAAGGAAAAGUUGAAAUGAAGAAAGGCAAACAAGAGAAUUGCAUCUCAUCAUUAUGCUCUUGCUUUAUUUAACAAAAACUUUUUCUUUCUCCAAUGAUCGAUCCUUGCUCUACAUCUAUACUAGUGCUAUUAAAGAGAUCCUUGCUCUAAUUAACUAAGUGUAAGAAGACCCCAAACAAAAAUGGGAGCUUCUUCUCCUAACUUUCGAGCCCCUCCUCCAUCCCCCGUAGCAUCCAGCCGCCGGGCCUCCUUCACGGCCAACGAAGACGUCCUCUCGGAGUUCCUGGACAAGUGUGGUCGAGUCCCAAAUCUUGUAUUGCCCGAUAAAGUCUUCCCCAAGCACACAUUCCUUCUGAACCCUCCCACCUUCGAUUUCCUCCGGUUGGACUCCCUCUCGACCCUGCUGGAUGCCAUCGCCACCAUCGGUUGUUUUCAGCUCGUUAACCACGGUGUUCCAGAGGCUAUGGUGAAAGCCGUCAUGGACAGAACCAUUUUCCACGAUGAGACGGAGGAGUUUGUUUUUUAUAAAGAUAUUGCUGAUGAUCACACGGCUUGUUAUUCAGAUUUGAGGGAGUUGAUGGGUGAGGCAGAGAGGAUAGGGAAGGCGGUGAGAGAAAAGCUAGGAGCAGGAAGAAGCCAAAAGGAAAAGGAAGAAGGGGUUAGGGUUUGCUACGUGAAUAAACAUAAUAUUAAGGGUAGCAAAAACGAAUCAAAGGAAGAAGCCAUAAGGAUGCUGAUAAGAGGGUAUGACGAAAGACAUUCUCUGUGUCUCAACUUCUGCCAUGCAGAGUUCCACGUCUACUCCAAGAGAGGUUGGGUCUCCUUCUCCCCACGUCCGGAUGCUGUGGUCGUGACGGUCGGAGAUGAAGGCUGGAGCGGCAUAUUCAAGGGUGUUGUGGGGAGGCCCCUUCUUUACAAAUCAGAUCUUCAUCACAAUCUCAUUUCUAUAUCCUUUCUCUACACUAGUAACACUAGUACUACCACUUUCCACAACAACACCGACAGAAUAAUUAUCACAAGGAAGAAGAAGAAGACCAUUUCCCUCUCCCAACAGCUCCUCUUUGCUCUAUUUCUCACACUCCUCUUCCCUUUCUUAUUUCCUUGAUCAUUACAUACUUGUUGCUUUUUUCUUUUUUUCUUUUCUUUGGAAACUAAAAAACAAUUGCGGCAGUGUGUAUCUCAAUCUUGUUUUAGCCUUUUACCCAGCAAUGCAUGGGCCCAAUCAUUCAAUUUAAAAGCCCACUAUAUCCAAAUAAUGAUAUCUGACCUUCUUCA